AUGUACAUGUCUCGACUCGCCAGCCUUACCCCUUUGCUUUCACUAACCUCUGCGAAUAUUGUUACAACGAUCACAUACAAUGGGAUCUUCGACGACAUCAACACUUCCGUGAAAGAGUUUGCAUGCUGGAAUGGGAAACCAGGGAGUCUCAUUGAGGAUCAAGGCUGGGUAUCUCUGGCGGAUCUGCCAUUUGUUCUUGCGGGCUACGAGGGCGUCGACGGACCAGACUCUCCGCUAUGUGGUACUUGCUGGCUAGUCGAGUAUGAUGGUAGUUACAUACCCAUGAUCGUCAUCGACAGCGCAAAGUCUGGGUUCGCCACUGAUAUCAGAACCAUGGACUCAAUUACCGGCGGUCAGGCUACAGAGCUUGGUCGGGUUAAUGUCACUGCUAUGCAGUCACCUUACCUUUCCGAUUGUGGCCUUGGAUUCGGGGGUGCGGAAGAGGACCAAAACCUGGGUAACCUCAGAGGUGGCAACUGGUACUCAACCUGGUUUUAUGAGCUUUUUGAGGAGCCUCCUCAUAAAGAAUACAUGAUGAGGGGGAAUAUGAAUUCCAAGUAG